AUGACACAGGGAUCUUUGAAUGGGAACUCUAAUGGACAGAAAGAAGUAAGGAAGCUUCGAUCGAAAGAAGCUCCUAAAGUGAAUACUUCAUUAUUUAACUAUGAAGAAAAUCCAGAAUCAAUAGAUGGUGAUGCACAAAUCAAAAUAAGUCAUGAUAAUCUCGAGGAAUGUGAAGUAUUAAAAACUGAUUUCACCAUUGAAAAAUCAAGUGUUUCAUUUGUUACUGAUUUAAAAUUGAUUGAUGAUGAUUUAGAUGAUCAAAAUAAUGGUAAUGGCGGUGGUACCAAGAAGAAGAGAAAAUUAAGGAAAUCUACAACUUCUACAACAAGAACUUUGAAACCUGAUCCAUUGAUUGAUGAAUUAUACCAUCCAUAUAAUAAAAGAAUGGAAAAAGAAGAGAAAAAAAUGAUUAAUUGGGAAAGAGAAAAAAUUUAUUCAGAAGCUGAUAAAAUGAAGUCACAAUUAGAAAAAUUACAACAAAAUAAUUGGAGUAGGAUAUUACCAACUAUUACAUAUAUAAGAGAUCCAAGAGAUCAAGUUGAACUAGAACAGAAAAAACAAUGGACAAUUGAAUCACUUACCUUGUUAUUGGAAAGAUUUGAACAUUGGAAAAAACUUGAAGAUAAAGUGUUGGGUAGAAUUCGAGCAUCAUCACCCGUGUAUAAAAAUGAUCAAUUCAGAUUUUAUUCUUCCACUGUUGAUAAAGAAUUAUUGGAAGAAAGUGAUACAGAUGAAGAAGAAGAUAAUAAGACAUUAGAAGAGAUUAAAACCCAUAGAAUGAGGAAGAAAAUCCGUAAAUAUGGUCCAAUAAUUAAAUUAAAAUUUGAUGAUAAAGUUAUAAUUGCAGAACCUUUUAAAUCAACAAGAAUUGAGAAACAAUAA